AUGGACCAGCUCAAGCAGGCAGUGGACACCGCGACGGCCAUCAAGGACGCCGUGGGAUCGGUGGCCUCGACCGUGGCCUCGGCCCUCGGGAAGGACGCCAAGAGCACCCAGCUGGCGGGCCACACCGUGGAGGACCCCCAGAAGGGCAACGUCAUCACCACCAACUUUGGCGUGGCCGUCGACGACACCGACAACAGCCUCAAGGCCGGCGAGCGCGGCCCCACGCUCCUGGAAGACUUCCACUUCCGCGAGAAGAUGACCCACUUCGACCACGAGCGCAUCCCCGAGCGCGUCGUACACGCCCGCGGCACGGCCGCCCACGGCUACUUCGAGCUCGACGAGUCCCUGGAGGAGUUCACCCGCGCCCAGUUCCUCUGCCAGACCGGCAAGCGCACGCCCGUCUUCGUUCGCUUCUCCACCGUUCUCGGCUCACGAGGAUCGGCUGACACGGUGCGAGACGUGCGUGGGUUCGCGGUGAAGUUCUACACGGACGAGGGCAACUUCGACCUGGUGGGCAACAACAUCCCCGUGUUCUUCAUCCAGGACGCCAUCAAGUUCCCCGACGUCAUCCACGCGGGCAAGCCCGAGCCGCACCACGAGAUGCCGCAGGCGCAGACGGCUCACGAUUCAUUCUGGGACUUCGUCUCGCUCACGCCCGAGACCGCGCAUAUGAUCAUGUGGACCCUGUCCGACCGGGCCAUCCCGCGCAGCUACCGCACCAUGCAGGGCUUCGGGGUGCACUCGUUCGUGCUGGUGAACAAGGAGGGCCAGCGUCGCUUCGUCAAGUUCCACUUCAUCCCGCGGCUGGGCACGCACUCGCUGGUGUGGGACGAGGCCCAGAAGCUGGGCGGAACCGAUCCCGACUUUCACCGGCGCGACCUCUACGAGGCCAUCGAGGCCGGCGCCUACCCCGAGUGGGACCUGGGCCUGCAGAUCGUCGACGAGGCCGACGAGCACAAGUUCGACUUUGACCUGCUCGACGCCACCAAGAUCAUACCCGAGGAGCUCGUGCCCGUGCGCCGCGUCGGCCGCCUGGUGCUCAACCGCAACACCGACAACUUCUUCUGCGAGACCGAGCAGGUGGCCUACUGCACGUCGCACCUGGUGCCCGGCAUCGAGGCCUCCAACGACCCGCUGCUCCAGGGCCGCCAGUUCUCCUACUUUGACACCCAGCUCACGCGGCUGGGCGGCCCCAACUUCGAGGAGAUCCCCAUCAACCGGCCCGUGUGCCCGGUGACCAACAACCAGCGCGACGGCUUCAUGCGGCAGAAGAUCAACAAGGGCCGGGUCAACUACUACCCCAACCGGUUCGGCUGCCCGGCGCUGGCCGACCCGUCGCGGGCCUACGUGCACGCGCCGGUCGAGGUCCACGGCCGCAAGCUGCGGGCGCGCGGCCCCAAGUUCGCCGAGCACUACCGCCAGGCGACGCUGUUCUACAACUCGCUGUCGUGGUGGGAGAAGGCGCACCUGGUGGCGGCGGCCUCGUUCGAGCUGGGCAAGGUCGACGACGUGGGCGUGCGCGAGCGCAUGAUCGACAUGUUCAACCACAUCGACUUCGAGCUGGCGACGCGGGUGGCGGACGCGAUCGGGGUGCAGCCGCCCAAGGCCUUCGCGGGCGAGGCCCACAACCAGCAGUCGCCGGCCCUGUCGCAGGCCAACACCGCCAAGGACUCGAUCGCGACGCGCAAGAUCGCCUUCCUCGUCGCGCCCGGCUUCAACAACGCGCAGCUGACGACCGUCGCGGCGGGCCUGACCGCGGCCGGCGCGAUGGCGAUGUACGUCGGGCCGCGCAAGGGCGAAGUCAAGGGCGACGCCGGGUCGACGACGUGCCAGUUCUCCUACUUGACGGCGCGCUCGGUGAUGUUCGACGGCGUGGUGGUGGUCGGCGGCGGCCAGCACGUCGCGGCGCUGUCGCGGUCGGGCGAGUGCAAGGCGUGGAUCAACGAGAGCUUCAAGCACGGCAAGCCCAUCGCGGCGCUGGAGGAGGGCGUCGACUUUGUGCAGUCGCUGGGCCUGCCGGUGGUGAAGCUGGCCGGGCCGGGCGAGGCGCUCGUGGCCGACCAGGGCGUCGUCACGUCGCGCCAGCCCGUCGCCGACCUGCUCGACUUCGGCAAGGCCCUCUUCAACGCCAUCGCCGCCCACCGACACAACGAGCGCGAGGUCGACUCCGUGCCCGCCUAA